UGGUUCCAAGUCAAAUCGGUCGAACUGGCUAUCCGGUUUAAAUAUGGCCAUCAUCCCCAACAUGUCAUCUUCCACAAAUGGGUUCUGAAUCAAAAGAUUUGGAGAUGGCAUACGAAGACAGGAUCAGCAAUUUACCAAAUGAAAUUCAAUGUGAAAUAUUGUCACGUCUCUCAACAAAAGAUGCCGCCACAACCAGCGUUUUGUCAAGGUGCUGGAGACACAAAUGGACCGCUCUCGCCGAUCUAGAUCUACACACUCCACGCACUGUUAAUCUCAAACCAUUCCUGGAUUUCGUUAGCAGGGCUCUGGCGGUUCGCUCAUUCCCAUCCAUCAAAAGAUUUAGACUUCAAAUGGACGGAGAUUGUCCAAGUUCAAGCUUAAAGUCAUGGAUUGAAGCUGCGGUUCGUUAUAAAAUUGAGGAGCUGCAUCUUUGCAUCAAACAAGGAGGCAUUCCAGUUCCCGGUCAUCUUUUCAGGUGCGGAUCUGUAAAGGUUUUGAAGCUUCAGGGACGUGGCUGUUAUAUUGAUAAGAAUUAUUUUCCAGAAACUAUAUGUAUGCCGAAUCUCAAGAUCCUUCAUCUUCAAGGAAUUGAGUAUCCAGGUGAUUCUACCAUAGGUAUACUGUUAUCGUGUUUAUUUAAUCUACAAGAAUUGAUUAUCUAUAGAUUAAUGGACUAUAAUAAUAAGUGUAAGACUAUCCAUAUACAGUCUGGUUCAUUGAAAAUUAUCAAGCUUCACAUGUGGAGUGGAUGCUACAUGAAAAACACUAGGGUUGUCGUCGAUGCGCCGAAACUUGAAUUUCUUGAGCUUUUAAGUCUUCACUGUCUAAUAGUUGACAUGAAGGCUAAUUCAUGCUCAAUAGUUCAUGUGGCUUUGUAUCUUAAUUCAUAUCUCUCCUAUCACCCUAAAGAUGCCGCUAUUCGAUCCGCUGCUCUUCAAUUUAUCUCCAAUAUUUCUAGUACUGUUAAAGUCUUAACCUUGUCUCCAGACAUUCUUCAGGAUAUUUUUGAUGCAUCCAGCAAAAAUGUGCCUUCUUUUCCUAACUUGAAUCACUUGGUGCUGAGAACUUUCCAAAGUGGCAUGUCAAAUUUGCUUCAUAUGCUCAGAAUUUUACCAAAUUUAAAAGUUCUUGCACUCAAUAAGGUUCAUAAACAUUUUUUUCCAUCGGAAUAUUGGGAUGAUGAACAAAAUGUUGUGCCCCAGUGCUUGAACUCAUCCAUCGAAAGGUUUGAAUUUAAGGGAUACUCAGGCUGUUCAGGAGAUGUGAAAAUUCUAGAAUACAUCGUGAGAAACGCAAAGGCGUUAAAGGAAUUUAACGUCUUAGCGUUUUCUUCUGACGAUUCUGAGGAACCAUUCAAAUAAGAGCUUUUAAACAAGUUAUCAGUAUUGCCAAAGACAUGUCAAGUUAAAAUUGAACAUUCUAUGUGAUCUCAGUUUUAAAAUUAAUUAUUUUAACUUUUGUUAGUUUCUCGUAUUUAUAAACAAUCAAACUCUUUUCCAUUUGAAUUAUAAAACUUUUUACUGUCCGAAUCCGAACUGCUUAAAGGAACAAACUUGUAGAUCCACAGCUUUGGACCCAAAGGUUGCUCUUAUUCGAAUGGGCACUAGAGAAAGGUACAAUGUAUUUUGACUUUAUAUUUUUAAUUAUACAGUGCUUUAAUUCAAUUGGGUGUAUCGUAAUUUAAUUGCUUUUGAUCUCUGAAAUUUCUCUUUUUCUCUAUAGCACAAUCCUGCCUUCUUGAUGAAUUUAUAAAUUGAUCUUUAGCUCUCACUUUCAUGUAUCAGUUGUUCGAAUAAUGCUGCUAAACUGUGUUCCUAGCUUAUGUCUAUGAUAUAAAGGUAUGUGCUUGUCAAGUGAUUGCUAUUUGCGAUAGUUUCGAGUUUUGAAUUUCUACCAAAAAUGUGAAUUCAUACUGAAAAUCUUUUAGAAUAAGAUGGCGUAAGAAUGUUCACCACUGUCUCAUAACUUUAACCUUGUGAUGACUAAUUUUAUCCUUCUAGUCUAAAUUUUCCCCAGUUUGAUUAUUUUCCCAAAUCUUUUGGAUCUUGAUAUGCUUAACGACGUCAACAAGCAGUGACAGAAGGAUAAUAAUUCAAUGGUACAAGAGAUUAUAAGGCUUGAAAACUGGCAAUCUUGGGUUGAUAUGUUUCAGAUUAAGCUAUUAGCUAAUAACAUGAGAGAAAGCUUGAUUCUUGAAGCGACAGAUUGUGUUAUUAUUGAAUAUUUGAUGCACAGCUGGAAAGCUUGGAACUAACUCAAGGUGGAAGAUCUUCCUUUAUUUUUUGAGUUUUGCAGGAAUUUUGGCGUUUUUAACGCAAUGGAAGACCUAAGGGGACGUUUUGGUAUCCCAAUUUGGAUUUGGUAUUCAAAUUUGAAAAAUUUACGUUUAGGAAUAGGUUUCCCUUUUUAAUGUGCUUUCUACUGUUUUUAGGGCUCCGUUUCUUUAUUUUUCAUCUCUUAAAAUAGACUAAAAUAUUGUCAUCUCUAUUUUCAUUCUCGUUUUUUUCGUUAACCUGGCCUCCUUUCCUCUAUCUUCGUCCAUCAACACCAUUAUCCAAUCCUCCGAUCACCAAUUUCCUCUCCCUCCAAUGAUGUUGAAGUGUUCGUUGUUGUGAUAUGCUUUAUGUUCUCGGAUUCUUGUUUGAUCUCGCGUCAACACCAACUUAGUCACUGAAAUUGUAAGUAACAACUUUAUGAGUGUCUUUGGGGCAUAUACUAUUUUUGGGGUGAUUGUGUUGUUAUAAAGUGAUAUACUUUUUUUUUA